GCACAAUCUUGGCCGUGUGACGUAGUUUGGGCUGUAUCUGUACUAAAUUUAAGGACUUCCUUCUCUCGACUUCUAUGGUACUGGCAUAUACGAGAGGCCACAGAAACUACUCUAAGGUCGCGCAUCAGAUCAGCACAUCAUCCUUUCUCCUUUCUUCAACCUUUAACAUCCAUCAUCAUGUCUGGAGCAUCUGCUGUCUCACUCAUCAACCCCAACUCCGAAGUUGCUCGUCGUGGCCAGGCCCUGCAAUUGAACAUCAAUGGCGCUGUUGGUUUGAUGGAGGUCGUUCGCUCCAACCUUGGUCCCAAGGGAACUAUCAAAAUGCUAGUUAGCGGUGCUGGCGAUAUCAAACUUACUAAGGAUGGCAAAGUCCUCUUAAGCGAAAUGCAAAUCCAAAACCCGACCGCAGCCAUGAUCGCACGCGCAGCAACUGCUCAGGAUGAAAUCACUGGAGAUGGCACUACUUCGAUCGUUAUGCUCGUAGGGGAGUUCAUGAAGCAGGCCGAUCGCCACAUUUCUGAAGGCCUUCAUCCUCGUAUCAUUACAGAGGGAUUCGAGCUUGCUAAAAAGGAGUCGCUCUUGUUCCUGGAUACAUUCGCUGUCAAGAAAGAAAUUGAUCGCGAACUCCUUCUUUCCGUCGCCCGCACCUCUCUCCGUACUAAAGUCCACCGUGCAUUGGCCGAUACUCUCACAGAGGCUGUAGUGGAUGCUGUCCUUACUAUCUACCGCGAAAAUGAACCCAUUGAUCUGCAUAUGGUGGAGAUCAUGGCGAUGCAGCACAGGAGCGAAACCGACACACGUCUUGUUCGUGGAUUGGUCAUGGAUCAUGGUGCAAGACACCCUGACAUGCCCAAGAAGGUUAAGGAUGCAUAUGUUCUUACUCUCAAUGUUUCGUUGGAAUAUGAGAAGAGUGAGAUCAAUUCUGGGUUCUUUUACAGCUCUGCAGAGCAGAGAGAGAAACUGGUUGAAUCCGAACGUAAAUUCGUGGAUGAAAAGCUCAAGAAAAUCGUUGAUCUUAAGAAGCAGGUAUGCGGUGAUUCAGGCAAGGGAUUUGUCAUCAUCAACCAGAAAGGCAUCGAUCCCCUUUCACUCGAUGUUUUGGCCAAGAAUGGAAUCCUCGCUCUGAGACGUGCAAAGAGAAGAAACAUGGAGCGCAUGCAGCUGAUCUGCGGCGGUAUUGCUCAGAACUCGGUCGAUGACCUUUCGCCUGAGGUUUUGGGUUGGGCCGGAACCAUUUACGAGCACACAUUGGGCGAAGAAAAAUUUACAUUUGUUGAGGAUGUCAAGGAGCCUAGCUCAGCCACCAUUCUUAUCAAAGGACCAAACCCACAUACGAUUCACCAGACCAAGGACGCCAUCCGUGAUGGUCUUCGUGCAGUUAAAAACACACUGGAGGAUGGCUUAGUAGUACCAGGUGCAGGAGCAUUCCAAGUCGCUCUCCACUCACACCUUCUCAAAUUCAAAGACACAGUCAAAGGUCGUGUCAAAGCUGGUAUCACCUCCUUUGCUGAGGGCGUUUUGGUUAUCCCAAAGACACUUGCCUCAAACGGCGGUUUUGACCCCAUGGAUGUCAUCAUAACCAUGCAAGAAGAAUAUCAAGACGGUCACAUUGUAGGCGUUGAUCUUCAAAGUGGAGAAACAUUAGACCCCGUUGCGGAAGGUAUUUGGGAUAACUACCGUGUUGUUCGUAAUAUGAUUCAGAAUGCAUCUGUAAUCGCAACCAACUUUUUGCUGGUUGAUGAGAUGAUGAGAGCUGGACGUUCUUCAUUGAAGGCUGACAAUGGCAUGGAAUAAGUUAGACAAUCAUGGCCUAAAAAUUGGGUGUCAUAAAGUACAAGGCGAUGCAAAUUUUAUUUCGUAUUACAAUAAGCUGUAAAAAAUAAAGAGAAA